AUCGCCACUCACAAUGGUCGAUGUUGAUUUGAAUUUGUAAACGUAAUAACAAAAAAAAAAACAUAACAGUAAAGUAAACAUUUUAAAUUACAUGAAAGUAAAGAAGAAUGGCGAGAAUAAAGUUUAAUUCGUUUCUCUGGGGCUUAAUUAUCGCAUCAGCCACGUGGUGUAUAUCUUUGUAUUUGUACUGGUUGUUGAAUUCUACUGGUGAAAAUGUUGUGCCCAAUACUGAAAAAAGACUUCAUUACCUUGUUAAUAUGGAUGAAAAGGAUCGUAUAAAAAACAAUGGCAAAUCUAUUGCAGCUCUGGAAGGCAAAAAUUUGUUAUACGACAACUCUAAAACUAAUGAUGAUAAGUUUGCUGGUAAAAUGUGGAAGUAUCAGAAAGAGAAAUCUGAGUAUCAAAAGAAGAUCAUGCUUCGUGAGAAGUUUGCUAAACAGCUAGGAAUUAAAUCCAAUGUGCAACCAAUUAAGAGUUUGGAAGGUCAAUUUGGUCUAAUUCACAAUGCUGAAGAUGUUAGGAUCCGUGAACAGGGCUAUAGCAUGCAUGCAUUCAACACUCUGAUUUCACAAAGAAUUGGUACUUUCAGAGGGUUGCCUGACACUAGAUUUAAAUUGUGUCGUGCACAGAAAUAUCCUCCGAAGCUACCUAAAGCAUCAAUCAUUAUUUGUUUUUACAAUGAACAUUUUGAAACACUGAUGCGUUCAAUUCAUUCUAUCUUAGAUCGUACAAAUCCUCAAUAUCUCAAAGAGAUUAUACUUGUUGAUGAUUAUAGUGACAUAGAGGAUCUACAUAAGCAGGUUAAAAAUGCUGUAAAUGAGCUAAAUAAUUCAGUGAAAAAACAAGAAGAGAUGUUAGAAUCGAAUAAUAUUGAUGGUGAUAAUAUAAUUGCUGAUUACAUAAAUGAUGACAAUGAAAAAAAAACUACUGUGCCUGCCAAUGCAAGUUUAAACAUACGGCUGAUGAAAACUAAGAAGAGGGAAGGACUAAUUCGUGCUAGAUUGUUUGGAGCCGCAAAUAGUGUAGGAGAAGUACUCGUUUUCCUGGAUUCUCACAUAGAAGUGAACACGGAUUGGUUGCCUCCACUCUUGGCAAGAUUAUCUGAAGGAGUAGAUGGUGUCCGUGUUAAAUAUUCCCCACGUGCUGUAACUCCGGUCAUUGAUGUAAUAAAUGCUGAUACAUUUGACUAUACUGCCAGCCCAUUGGUGAGAGGUGGUUUUAAUUGGGGUCUACAUUUCAAAUGGGAUAACCUGCCCAAAGGAACCUUGAAAAACGAUGAAGACUUUGUAAAACCGAUUAGGUCUCCGACUAUGGCUGGUGGAUUGUUCGCAAUCUACAGGGAAUACUUUGAUUACAUUGGAAAAUAUGACUCUGGCAUGAAUUUGUGGGGAGGCGAAAACUUGGAGAUAUCAUUUCGUAUUUGGAUGUGUGGUGGUAUACUCGAACUGAUACCUUGUAGCCGCGUUGGUCAUGUGUUCCGUAAACGCAGGCCAUACGGUUACGGCGAGAAAGAGGACUCUAUGCUCCACAACUCUAUGCGAAUGGCUCGCGUUUGGAUGGAUGACUAUGUGAAUAAAGUGAUAGAACAAAACCCGUCAGCAGCACACGUGCACAUUGGUGACAUAUCCGACCGACAGGCGUUACGGAAGUCCCUCCACUGCAGGCCGUUCAAAUGGUAUCUCGAUAAUGUGUAUCCUGAACUGGAAACUGGGGAAGAAACCGCCGCUAAGAAAAAAAUCGCCGCUCUCAACGAUCCAGAUAAGAAUAAACUGCAACCGUGGCAUUCCAGAAAACGCAACUAUACGGACUCAUUUCAAAUCCGCUUGAAGAAUACGUCGUUGUGUAUCCAAAGCGCUAAGGACAUUAAAACUAAAAAUGCGGGAUUAGUGCUUGGGAGUUGCUUGAGAACCUUAAACCAGAUGUGGUUUGAAACUGAUCGGCAUGAGUUAGUCCUGGGGCGACUUUUAUGUUUGGACGCAACAAACAACGUUUCUCCUGUUAUCGGCAAAUGUCACGAACUUGGCGGUACACAAGAAUGGAAGCAUAAAGGAUUGGCUGGCAGCCCCAUUUAUACCACAGCAGCUGGUCUGUGCUUAGGAGUGGACCGUGCAUACCGGAACGAGCCAAUCCUUCUGGUUAUCUGCGACAACCAACCAACCAAUCAGUGGGACUUCGUCAGGUCCUAAACACAAAACAAAACACUCGAUGAUCUCUUGCACAGCGGUACAAUGAUUAACAUCUCUCUCAUAAUAAUCAGCGAUAAGCGCUCUCGAAAUAUUACAUAUUUUAGUGUUGUAGACUUAAGUUUUUUGAUGUUAUCAAUUAUUGUUAAAGGUCGUAGGAAAUGCUUAUGUGUACAUGAGUGUACUGAACCCAAACUAACUCUUUUAAUCACCGGGAUGCAUCGAUCUCCUAUUAAAAAGUGGAUGCACAAUCAGCGACCAAAAAACGUCCCCACUCAAUGAGUGACAAACACAACUUCUUGGCACUCAACUCAAGUAGUCACAUUUGCAAACUCAACCUUAAACUCAAUACUUAAGGUUGAAUUUGCUCUGAAUUUGGGAUUUUAUUGAAUAUUGGACUAUAUUUAAAGGUAUAAUUUUCUUCACCAAUAAUUCUAAAAUUGGAAAAGCAAAAAUGGCCAGUUUUAAAGUGAAAUUUUCCAUAUGAUUGUGCGUCCUUUUAUUCAAGAUCAAUGCCGGGAUUUGUAGUACUCGCACGCAGUUAAGUAGCUAAGUAUGUGUGCAAGAGUAUACAUAGUUGUUUAUUUGAAUAUUAAGCCGAAAAAUGAAACGAAAUGCGUAUUCUAAAUCAGUAUAUUAUGUAUAGUUAGCGAUAUUUUAAUAUAUAAAGAUCUGGUCAGGUUUGAACUUGUCUCUUUAUAAUCUGUUAGUUGUGUACCAUUUAUUAUUUAAGUUUUUCACUGUAAUUAUAAUAUACCAGCGAUAGUAAGAAUGGUAUUAUACUGGAUGAGCCAAAAUAUUGAAUUAUCCUAUGUUUGUCAUAUUUAAACGUAAAAUUACAAAUAAAUUUUGAAAAUUUUAUUCUUUGUAUGGCACGGGGCAAUAAUAAAUGUGCUUUUCUACUAUUAUAUAUUGUUUCUUGGAUAGAAAUAUUAUUAUUAUAGGUAUGGAAACGUAGUUAAGUUCAGCGUUAUUAUUAAUACAAACAUACAUACUAAAGUACAUGACAAUAUUAUGUAUAUGCCCGAUCGUAUCCUGUAGGCGGUAUACCGUGAAUUCCUCUUUACCUUUAGCUAUUAUUAUUUAUCAGUUAAUGUGUCAUGUAAGUCAUAGAGCCUAACGCCCCUCAUUCCGAGAGGAGACUCGUGCUCAACAGUGAGCCGAAUAUAGGUUGAUAAUGAUGUGUCAUAUGUUUUCUUGUUGUUGUAUUUAGUAAUACUCUUCAUUGUUGCUUUAUUCACGGUUGUUGGUUAAGUAUUAUUUUAUAUUAAGUAUUAAUCUUCGUAAUGCUGCUAAAAUGGUUGUUUGAUAAGAAGAUAAAUGAUAUAUUUUUUUAGGAAGUAAAUAAAAGAGAAUAGAUACAUGUAUUAUGAUAUGAGCGGAGUAGCGCUAAUGUAUAUCGACAUAUCAUAAGGAUUUAAAAUGCUUCUUAUUCAAAUAAUUGCAUGGCGGUGUUAUUUAACCGACAAAUAUCUAUUUUAUAAAGAAAAAGUGUGUGUCCAUUCCGAUGCACGAAUGGAGUUUCAGAUCUUCCAGAUCGACUGUCUGAAAAGGUAUAUGUUACCCCGUAGCAUACACUAUGUAUGAAAGGUGCGCGGCAGCGCACGGUGAAAGGUGCGCAAUAUAGGUUGCGCACAAAAACGUAUUCUUUUCAUACCGGGGGAUAUAUAUUAUGAAAAAUCGAUUCUUAAGGAGUAAACUCUAAAAAUGUUUGAUAAUUUCUUCAUAUAUUAAUAAUAAAAAUUUAUAUUCAAAAGUCUCAUGAACUUUUGUCCUCACAAUAAAUACUCACAUUGAUAAUAUUACACAUACAUAUGCAUAUAUACGAGUAUGUGUUGUGUAAUUGUAUAUUUUCGUUUAAUUUAUAUAUUGAAGUAUAACUUUUUCACGUCCAAUUAUACAUCAAUAAUGCUAUUGUAUAGUUUGAUAAUUAAUUAAUAAUAUUAUUUUAAUAAUAAUAUGAACAUUUAAUUACAAAACGAAAACCACAAAGAAUUGAUUUCAAUUAAUAAUUUUUAGUAUUCUUACUUACUUUAAGCAACGAAGGACAAUUUAUUCGGAAGUUUUUUUAAUUAUAACCAAAAAGGUUACUUUUUAAACCAAACUAUUUUGUCCAAUUUAAAAAGUCGUAAAUCGCAGCUUUUAUCUAUAUACUUGAUGAUCUCCGUCCCUUCCUUGUUAUAUAUAAACUUUCCUUGCUUUUUAUUCCCUAGUCAUUUUUUUAUUUUUAUAUGUUUUAUAAUUAUUGAGGUAAUAAGAAUAGUAAUUUUACCUUAACAUAACAAAUGGAUUCCUAUUUAUAAUUUGUAUUACUGGUUUGUUACAAUAUAUUAUAUCGUUUUCCUAAUCUAUAUUUUCUUUGCAAUUUACAUAAUGUAGUUUUAAUAUCAGAUCAACAUUUUUGAACAGAGUUCUUAUACAUAUUCCUUUAAUUAAAAAAACAAAUAAAAUUAUUGGCGAAAACAAAAGCCAUUUGUUGCCAUUUUGUAGUUACCAUAACUUAAUAUGCUAGUUAACACUUUUUAAAAAGGGUCAUAGCUUGUUCAUAUGCGUUCUACUUGAUUGAAAAAUAAAUAUAUUAUUUGAGACAUGAAUACAUACAUUUUUUUUUAAAAUUUCGAACUAAAACGAUGUACGCCAUGACGGUCUAUAUUGGAACUGUUUCAUGAAGUCAUGGCAACACUAAAACUUAAUUAAACGGAGUGUUUGACAAAAUUAUUACUUAAUAAUAUUUUAUGAGUUUGACGUUUAUUCCUUCAAGUAAUAUCGUGACGUCACAAAAUGGACGACAGCGUUUUUGAAUUUUGGAUUUUUUUUAUAAAUACAUUAUUUUUAAAUUAAGUUUUCUAUGAAAUCGUUAACUCUUAUUAAUUGAUAUCGAUAUAUUUCGGACCCUUUUUCCAUAUAGUAUAUAAAAUUAAUAUUGUUUAUAUUAAAUUUGAUUUAAUUAAUUUCAACUACCCUAUUGCAAAAGCAUUGCAUGACUACUUUUGUCUGGUUUUUGGUAUGAUAGAAUUGUUGUAUAAUAACAAUAUCUGACUAUAAUAGAAAAAGAAAAAGACAUAUAGGUCAUUAAAAACAUGCGUUGCUAUUUACGUUAACACCGUGUAGAGCAAACUUGCCCUUCGCUGCAUAAAAAACACCUACCGACGUACUUUGUUAAGAUUUUUACAUUUGUAUUCUUGGCGGUAUGUUAGAAUCUCUGUUUUGUCUCAUCAAAACGCCGUGCCUCAAGUGUCUUUAAGAUUGCAGCGUCUAUAGCCUGCAGGCAAGUUGUCUGUCACUAAAAAAUAACGAGCGCUCUUUUUGUAUACCUACUUUUACCCUUCACUAUUGCAGUUUACUUUCUACCAACGUUUCCCGCGUCACGAUUGUGUUUUCAAGCAUUGUGUCUCGUUCGUGGAGAAAAUUUCCUUAAUGGAACUACAUAACAGUUACUCAAUGUGUAAUAUAACUUCAAUAGUAGCAUACAAUUACUUAUAACUUUUUCGUUUUACAUAAUUUAUGGGUGUAAUUGAAUUGAUAAAAAAAAAAUUUUUGGUGAAAAAAAAAAUUAAAAAAUGUGUUCUGAAAUCUCAACUAUGCUCUCUAAAAAUAGUAUCAGUUUUAAUUGGUACAUACUAUCGGCAAUCGAUUGAUUUUUUACAGAUAUACCGGUUUUAUUUAUUUUAUUUUUUAUUCAGACAGAUUCAGACUCGGACGGUCUCUACGAGUUCAGUUUGUGUUCCAUACUCGUUGAGAAUACCUCGACGACAACCAGGGGCGUAGCUAAUGCCGUAUCAGCCGUAGCAAUGUUAUGGUGCCCUCGGACUACAACUGACGGCCCCAAUAUUACUUACGUGUUCAAAAAUUACUACAAUGUUAUUCACAAUCUGGUGCUUCCCAGGGCAUAAACAAACAAACUGCAGUUUUCACUUCAGAAAUAAAAAAAGUAAAAAAACUAAUCCCUAUUUUUCCUUGAUUAAGCUUGCGCUCAAAAGAAUGGAAACAUCCUACAUAUAACCUAUGUAGGAUGUUUUCAACUUUUUGGUUCGCAGUUACUGUAAUAUUUUUUUUAAAGACCAUUUUUGUUUCUUUAUUUAAAAAAUAAUUUGGGCCUCCCCAACAAAGAUACAGGCUUCUUCCAAGUCACGCUACGCCACUGACAUCAACUAAGCAUUAUAGAUGUACCUACGUACUAAGUAAUAAUUACCACGAUUAAAUCUUAGACAUUUCUGUAUUGACUGUUGCUUAGAACAUUCCAUACAUAUAAGCGAAGUUAUGAUGCUUUUUUACGUAUGUAAGCUAUAUUUGUUAUUGUGUACAAUUAUAAGAUGCCCAGUUAUUUUAAUGUUUCUUGUUUAGCAUUGAUAUUAAAUAAUUUUAAUGAAAAGUUGUAGGCAAGUAAAAAUCUUCAUGUCAUACAUACGUUUGCUUAUACUAAAAAUGGAGUUGUUUAGAGUUAAUUUGUUUGUAUUAUUUACUCAUUUACGAGGUACCUGAAUCUGUCAGGGACACUAAAUGCAUUGAGUGCAUUCGCGCCCCUAUUCGUAAACGUUAGUAUGAAAUCUUAUCGUGCACCAAAAGCAGUGUGUUUUUUCAAAAUUAGAUUUUUAGAAAAUGACAUGGUACUUAUUCCAGAAACAUACUGUUUUCUUUUGUCCCAUAGUAAAAAAGAGAGAACUAUAUUUAUGCUGUCCCUUUCGUUGUUUUGGGACGUAAAAUGUAAACUAAAGGAGAUGGUCUAUUUCAGGGAUUUUAUUAAAAUCUAAAUAAGUGAAUAAAUCUAACAAAAUAAAAAUAAAUAAAUAAAAUUAAAACCCAAGUUUUUGAGUUAUAUUAUGAUGGCGCUCAUCCCAUAUAGCAACUAACUACUGACAUGACAAUUGACAGCAAACGUCAAAUCGACUACUGAAUUGAAAACGUCAUCAAUCCGCCAUUAUUACUCAUAUUAGUGUUGCAUUUUUUGGGAGAGAAUGAAUAUUAUUUCGAAAGAAUUAAAGUAAAUUCGUAGAUUUGUAAAAUAUUUUCUUUUAUUUCCGCCAGGGUACAAUGACUGAUCCUGGGCUCCAUACAAUUUUGGACCAUCUCCUUUUCCUUUUUUCUUGAUGCGCAUCUAGAUCUCUACUUAGAUCUUGUCGUUUUCCAAUUAGGUAAUCAUUUCGAUCACUUCAAGAUUCAUAGAUAUAUUUUCAAAAUGUGUCGCACUUAGCCUUAGCUCUUGUUCGUUGUGACUUCCAAAUCUUUAUAUACGUGCUAUUGCAAUAUCUUACGGUAAACUUGAUUCAGCAUUUGAUGUCGUAAAAUUAGAUUUCGCGCAUAAGUAAGAUUACAAUUCCAAUGUCUAAACGAAUAAGGGAUCAGUUUUACGUAACUUUUAAGAGUGAACAUAUUAUUUACUAAAAAAACACUUGAUAACAAAAAUAGAGUAUUUUGCUAUAGACUUUAUAUACACACAGGCUAUAUUUAGAGAUUAUCUUAUUAAACUAAACAUGCUUUAUUUACUAAGUAAAAUAAAACUAAGGUUGUAGCAAUAAAUGAUUGUGAAGGUAUCCGUGAAAGCGCUUUAUAUUUGUAUUAAAUAUUUUAAUAUAAUCGUAAUGUUUAUUUUGGAUUGUAACACUAACGACUGGUUCAUUUAAUAUACUCAUAACUUUAAUUUGUCACUAAUAUUAGCUUUAUAAAGUAUUGGUUUGUAUUUAUUAAAAUACAAAUAGGCCACGCUGAUGUAACUAACAGAAACGUCGCAUUUUUCAACGAAAUGACAGAAUUAUCGUCAUUUUAGGUAAAGUGGCAUUAGUAUAUUAAUGGUAGCAAGCAGUAACGUUAUUUAAACGAGACACUGUUAAUUAAUGUAGUUUAUUUUAUUAUUUGAUGAUCGUAAAAAAAUCGCAGCCAUUUAAUGUAAAAUGACGUUGUCAAGGUCAUUUCGUUGAAAUCACCAUGUUCAAUGUCCAUAACAACGAAAAAGCGAUAAAAAAGCCAUGUAGUGGCUGAUAUUAUGAUUCUUACACCGAGAUUACAUAAUUGACAGAACCGGGCGUUUAUAGAUGUUAUCAAUAUUUGUUAGAUUUAUUAUAAGCAUACAUAGUAAUCCUCAUUAAUAAGGAAUAACAAUAUUUUACUCCUACAUCGCUAUAUCAUAUAGUAAAUGUACAUAGAGAUAUUAACAGAUUAGUACAAAUGCCAUUUCGCAUGUUUUGAACCGAUUGGCAUAGAGUGUAACAUUUGAUGUAAGGCCUUAUGCCGACGCUUGGAUCUUAUUUGACGAGCGAAAAUGACGUCACGGAGUGUGAUUCCGCUAUUUUAUAUUCGUCGAUGCAACUCCGGCGAAUAUUAUCCUUAACAAGUUUUGUUAGAAUUUGAACAUCAUUUCUAUGUGAUGCCAAAAAUAAAAUGUCACUAACAACAUAAUUGUAAUGGAAAUUAGCGAUGUCACAUCGCUGUGACGAUUAUGUCUUACUACGAGUGUUUUUGUUAUUAACAGUUUCGAAGUAAAGCCCAAAAAUAAAUUUGACAUUGGCAUAUCUUUUGUAUAUGAUAUUUGUUGUACUAGAGCGAUCACGUGGUGUCUUAGACACGUUUAUGUUUGCUUCUGUUUAUGAACGUAAGGUAAGAAUGAGAUUAGACAACAUCAUUGUUGUGGUAUUGUUUCUCAUUCCAUUUCAUUAUUUUUGAUUAAUAAUAUUUCUAGAUUUGAUUCUCUACUUGAUUAUUGUAUUUCUCAAUGAGGUUUUUAUUGUGAUUUACUUGAAGUUAUUCCUGUGUCUAAUUGUGUUUAAUUUAUGAAUCUGCUCUCGUAUAUCUUCGUAGUCUUGAAUUUUAUAAUUGUUCAUGUUAAUUGUUUGGAGUAAAGCGGGUCCAAGUAAAAUAUUACAUUCUAUUCAGGGAAGUCCUGGAUAAACUUUACUCCAUUCAAUAAUGUUGCAUGUAUAACUCUUUUUAUUUACGUUAACAUUUAAAUAUACAAAGAUGUUAUUCUUUGAAUUAAAUAAAGUUUGAUUCAUUCUUUAA